AUGGCACACGCUGCAAGACUUGGUGCCCUUACCGAUGACCUGAUCACAGCCGUCUCCUCAUCUACUCCUCGCAGAGAUCGCCGACAACCCAGUCAACUCAAAGAGUCUGCUCUGAGAACUUUCAAAUCACAACAUCAUAUCCGCGUUAACCAAUUCGAGAUCGAUGCGCGACUCGAGGGCUUACUGGAAAAGUUCUAUGUAUUGAACAAUGAACCUCUCGCAGAUGCACUAAAACCUCGUCUUGAUGAGUUGGCUGCGAUACCUAACAAAUGGAGACCCGAAUUGCUGGCCCUUUUGCUGGCUCUAUCAGACCGUCCAGCCGAAAAGACCGACACUGACAGAGCUCUGGAGAUAAUCCCAGAUGAACCCGUCGAGCAGCAAUUGACAUGGGCCGAGAUUAUCGCAGAUGAUCCACUUGACGAAGAAGGUAUCUGGGAUGAUGUCGAGAACGAGUCCGACUACUCGGAACAUCGCCCUCCCAGUCUCAGCGAUGAAUCUAUUAGCGAACCAACAACGUCUACCUCUGCUUCAUUUCUUGGUGAAGAUGAUCCUGGUACCUUGGCACGAGCCUUUGUUAUUCCCAAGGACCACGAACAACUGGGUCAGGUCAAAGACUUACGUGACCGUAUAACAGGCAUGCAUUCAGGCUCGGAACUCACAGAACUGCAAGUAAUUCGUCAGAUACUGCUGAUGCUUCAUGGACUCCCCACGGAUCUGUUCGAACUUGGAAGUAGCGGUCGGUUUCAAAACAGACACUCUUGUCGUUUAGCAAAUAUCGCAUCAUCGACAUUGAGCCAGGUUUUUCAAGAUUCUACCUUACUUGGCUCACAGAUUAUGACCGUCCGCCGGUUUACCAAGUCCAACCAACAGAGUGUGGUCUUGCAGAGUUUCCAAGCUGCAGUACAAACUCGAUUGAAUGCAUUCGGUCGGACGCUGUCGAGCAUUGAGCAAGACUUUCUUCAGCAGGAAAACUCGGCAGUGGUGAGCAUCCUGAAGGUGCAUGCUGAAAUCGAUCGCGUUGCCAAACCACUUACUCACCUCGGGGAUCUGAUACCGGACAACGCUCUCAAGCAUAAUGUUCAAGCGUUGCAUCUGCUCAAUAAUCUAUUCAAACAAGCCUGCAACCUUCAGCUGAUCGGGGAAGAUGAGGAAGGUGCAGAAGUCGCAGCCCUUCUAUCGAGAUGUCUAGAACCAUAUCUUCGUCCUGUCAGAUUAUGGAUGACUGAAGGCAAGCUGAUUGCUUCGGAUGAACUAUUUUUCGUACGAUGCCUUGACGAGAGUUCCGACCGAGGAUCGAUUUGGCACUCUCGCUUCAUGCUACUUAAACAGGCCGAUGGAUUGAUCUUUGCACCUGAUUUCAUCCAAAGUCUAGCUGAAAGAAUCUUCAGAGCUGGAAAAAGUGUCAUGUUUCUCGAGGCUCUCGGUCACACACCAGACGUCUCUAGGCCACAAGACUUAGACAUCGCUCAGAUCAUGCAAUCGACGAGUAACGCCUUGCUGCCGUUCUCAGAAGUCUUCAGGCUGGCAUUGACUCGUUUCGUCGAUGCACUGGAGGGAUCAGAGACUAGGACUUUACGCCAGAUUCUGAUGUUGCAAUGCGGACUUCAGGCGAACAUCACCGCGAUUAACCACCUCUACUUUGGCGUUAACGGUGCGCAUUUCCAGAACUUUGCAUAUAGUAGUUUCCAACGUAUGGAUCGAGGCAGUGGUUGGGAUGAUCGAUUCAUCCUGACCGAGUUGGCACAAACUGCUUUCGAGACCGUUGAUGCCGUCAUGGCUGAUCACAUCACUAUUCGUGUCAAGUCUCGGACGGAUAAGAAAGCCACUGCGUCCUACGGUCAGCGCGAAGAUAUUUUGGGCCGAAUCGUUGUGGACUAUUCUAUCUCAUGGGCGCUACAGAAUGUCCUGACCAGCAAAACCAUGGCAAUCUGCCAAGAAGCUUUCACGAUCAUGCUGAGGCUCUAUCGAGCGCAGUAUCUACUACACCAACAGGAGUGGGCGUUGAGUAUCAUGGCUAGUCGUUCCAAAGAUCAAAGGGUCAAGGAGCUUCUCGCUUUACGUCAGCACCUCUCUUGGUUUGUGACUACUAUGAAAGGCUACGUCUGUGAAGUUUCGUCAGUCGUGACUAAUCAACUCGCUGUCGAUCUCGAGGCAGCAGUAGACGUGGAUGGUAUAGUUGCGGCCUUUGACACGUUCCAACUCAGCCUCACCAGCAAACUUCUACAACACGAGAACCUGGCACCGAUACAAGAAUCUGUACUGGCCAUACUUGAUCUCUACGAAGAUUUGGCACUGGAAUGGAGAGAUGCCGUCAAGCAAAUCAGCGAUCAUGCAUCGCAUCCUACACCUCGACAACUGGUCGUACAGCAAGGAUUUUCGACCCGUCGAGAUAUGCCAGAGGUUGACGAGACAGUUGAUCUGACUGAUGAUGAAGACGAGUCAGAACCGCAUGGACAUUUUGAUCAGAGAUCUGUCUUGAGUGUGCCUAGCCUACUCAAAGAGUACAACAGACAGUUGUCGUUCUUGCUCGCCGGAUUACGUAGUGUAAGCAGAAUCGAAGGCGAGCCGGCCUGGAUUAUGCUAUCCGAGAAACUAUCCUGGGGAGUCCUGGGUGCAGAUAGAAAACAUACGUAA